AUUCGCCCAGUCUAACCUCGCGAACACUGCAUUGGGACUCGUUUUCUUUUUUCUAGCUGUGUUUUGAUAUAUCCGUGUGCUUAGUUGUGCAUUAUAGCAUAGAGAAAGGGCAGUAUAAGUAGUCUAUUAUUAAUAAACGUACCAUUUGAGUCAACAUUAUAGGGCGCAUUAUUUUGGUUAGCUAACUGUUCUCGAUGUUUACGUCAGCUAAGCUAGCUGUCUAUGCUACUAGCAGUUGCUGCUUAAUAACGUUUAAUAGGAUUGGCUAAAUCGAAAGCAUUUUUAAAAGCAAACAUAAGACAUAUGAACGAGUCAAAAAUACAAAAGCAGGAGAUUUAAAUCGAUGCUUUCAAACGCUUGACUGAUUCAACCUAAACAAACAGCAGCACGUCUUAUUUAUCUACAUCAGCUCCAGCUACUCAUUAACCCUGAAGAUGUCUGAAAUCAUCCUCACGUUUCAGACCCAGCUGUCCGGAGUUAUGGAGACAGUCUUUAAAGCUGCUAUAUUUGAAAUCACCAGGUUGGUAGAGGACAGUUUCCUGGAGGAAGUGUCUAGGAGCCGUGAGCAGGUGGAAUCUCUGAAGAAGAAACUGCAGUGGUCUGAAAGCAAAGGCAGAAGAAGAUGUGCUGAAUGUGGCAAUAACAAACUGUCUGGUGAAGAAAGACGAGAUAAAUCAACACCAGCACAAACAGGUGUGGAAAACGCUCGGAUUCUUAAACAGGAGAGAAUUACGGAGGAGAGCUGGAGAAGCUGUGGAGUUGAGAAAGCAGUAGAACUUUCCGGAAUGGUGGAAUCAGAGACUGAAUCCAGGCCAAUUAACGCUGCAGAGCCUGUGGUUCAAGAGAAAGAAAAGAUGGACUGCAUGCUUAAAUCUGAAGCUGUUCACUCUGCCCCUGCUUCUCAGAUACAAGAGGAAUGGAAACUGAGUGGUGAAGUAGCAGAAGGCUCUGACAACUCUGCUCAUAGUAAGACCUACAGUGAGCAGGAGUUACAGCAGAUUCAGAAUGACUGGAGCUCUGGGUUGGAUCAAGCCCCUGAACCUGAAACAGACAUGGAACAUAUCCAGGGUCUGCUCUACAGAAGUCGCUACAACAUGGAAGACUUGGGAAGCUACAGCAACCAGGAGCUGGAUUUGGGAGGGAUGAACGGACUAACAGAUCCUCCUCAGAGAGCUGGAGAGGUUUUGGGAUUCGGGGUGCUAGCAGGUUCAUUGCAGACUGACCUGGGUACAUCUGAGGAAUGCAGAAGACAGCUGAAAAAUAAACAAGGAAACAAAGGCUCUCCAUCGUUACACAACACUUCAGAUACUGGCAACAUGGGCUGUUUGCUUAUUAACGAGGAUGGCUACUUGCAGGAUGUAAGCGGACUCUCUCAAGCUCAAGGUGCACCACCCGGAGACUCACAAGGACACCAGAUCUACAACAGAGAUGCGGUUAAUGACAAUACUGAUUGCUUUUACAGUGGAGAGGCUUUUAGCCAGCCUCUAGAGCUGAAUAACGGACCUGCAGGAAUGUUGGCAGAGAACAGAGAGGACCGGGAGCAUGCUUGCACUCAGUGUAUGAUCAGUUUCCCAGACCAGGUUUCUCUGAAAGCGCACAUGAAUGGUCAUCGACAUCGCAACAUCACCACGUCCUAUCUCUGCAACCAGUGUGGGAAGAAGUUCCCUCAAGCCUGCAAUCUGAAGGUUCACCAGCGCGUCCACCAGAGAGAGGGUCUGCACCUGUGCAGCCACUGUGGGAAAGGCUACACAUCCUUCAGUGACCUGCGGCGGCAUCGGUGCAGCCAGGCUGGAGACAAACCCUACAGCUGCUCGCUGUGUGGGAACAAGUUCAGCCGUCUGUGGAACCUUAAGCUGCACCGGCGCAUCCACACACAGGAGAAACCACACCGCUGCAGCAUGUGUGACAAGAGCUUCACCCGGGCCGACAUCCUGAAGGUCCACCAGCGCACCCACACCGGAGAGAGACCGUAUUCCUGCAGGGUCUGUGGACUCACCUUUAAACGCCUCGACCAUCUCCGAUCACACCAACGCAAACACGGAGCCAAUCUAAAUAACCAACAGAACUACAGGAAGAAGCAGGUGUGUGAGAGUGAGUGUGAGUUUGUGUGUGUGUGUGUGUGUCAGGUGUCACUGUCACUGGGACGCAGCAGGAUGUCAGAUUCACUCCUCCUGACGUUUCAGACUCAGCUCUCCGGGGUGAUGGAGACCGUCCUGAGAUCAGCUAUAUGUGAAAUCACCAGGCUGGUCGAGGGAAGCUUUUUAGAGGAAAUCGGUCGCGGGAAACAAGAGGCAGAAGUUUUGAGACGAAGACUGCAAAUCGUGGAAACAAAACUCGGUGAGAGAGAAAGAGUUAAACGAGUAAGAUGUACAGACUGCGGAAGAACCGGACUGUCGAAGAAGGACACGGGUGUGAGAGACCCCAGGAGGCACAGGGAUGGUGUGGAGUUGAUUUGCGUUACAAAGCAGGAGGGUGUGUCUGAUGCAGGCAGGAGAGUCUGUGAGAAGGGAAGCGGAACACUAGGGCAAGAGGCAACAUCAACCAUCCCUGACCCUGAACUUAAGACUCAAGUGGAUGAAGCAAUAGUUGGAGAUUUGAUGAAGGAGGAGGUUGCCGAUAUCUACCCACACUGUCCCACCACAGCAGAUCACAUUGUCUCCCAGAGCCACAAUGCUGGGGAAAUAUCAGGCAUCCACACAUCACAGCCUGAACACUGGCUCCCGCAGGGAGACAAGUUACCCAGCACCAGUGCUGGGAAUCAGGAUUCAUUGAAACAAAGAGCACAAGCUAAAAAGCCAGACUCUAAAAUGGAGCAUCUGAUACAGACAGCUCAUCUGCAGUCGGAGCUUACGGGGCCUGCUUCAUCCUCAGUGUCCCCUACUGUGAACCAGCAGGCAGGCACUCCAGAAUCAAUGGCCACCAUUAAACAGGAAGUUGUAGUGGUGCUUCCCCCAGAAUGGGAAGAGCUGGACAGAGCGAGGACAGGGACCACGUCCACAGCAAGCAGAGUGAGUCAGGUACGUGAAGAGCUCCAGCACAGAGAUACUCUUCCUACAGGAACUUUAGAGGAAAGACAUAUGGUCUAUCCAGGAACUUGUGGUAAAGAAAGCCAGUCGUCUCAGGUCACACAGCAACUCAGGAUGCUGGUUAAAAAACAGCCCAAACCUGCUGAAAAUGUCAAUGUGCUGGCAUCAAGUUCCCCCACUAUAAAUGUUUCCAGGGUACAUUCGCUACACAAGAGUCCCCCUCUGCCAAAACCUUCUCAGGCACUUCCACAACUCCAGCGCUCCUACACAGACGAGAGAGCCGUCACUGCCUUGCAGACUGGAAGAAAUAUCCCACAGGUGGUCGGCAUCAGAACUCACGGCCACGUGGGUCACCAUUUGGUGAGGACGCCGCACAUCUGCUCACAAUGUGGGAAGGGUUUCUCUCACCUCUGCCACUUGAGAGCUCACCAACAGAUCCACACAGGAGAGAGACAGUUCUGCUGCACGCUGUGUGGACGCAGCUUUACCAAACUCAGCAACCUGAAGGCACAUCGCAGGGUCCACACAGGAGAAAGACCCUACAUCUGCAUGGAUUGUGGAAAACGGUUCACACAGAAAUGCAAUUUGAAAAGACACCAGAGGAUUCACUCUGCUCACAUGUGACAACUGGUAUAGAGCUUCUCAUCUGCCUGACUCUGCUCGCUAAAGGGGCUUUGUGUUUACAGUGUGUAACUAUUCUGUUGUGCAGCUGUCUCUUGUUUUGUAUAUGGGUGUGUGGAUCAUUUCUCCAUCUCUUUUUUAGAUAUAUAAGCAAUAUUGUGCUCAAGACCAUGCAUAGGUGUAGUCUUUUUUCCAUAGUCAUACAAUGUCAUAAAGUGGCACCACUAUGAAUUAUGAAUAAAGGACUUUUUCAUA